AUGGACGAAGAAACUCCGGAAGCGCUCAAGGCGGCCAGGUCAGCAACUGUUCGUCGCAAACCUGUGCCUCCACCCCAGCAAGCUCAGCUGCCAAGCAGGAAGGGGAACCUCCUCGAUCAAUGGAAGUGUCUCUCCCGGCGUACUCGCAUUAUCAUAAUCGCAGUUGCCCUAGCCAUCAUUGUCCUGAUUAUUGGCCUCGCAGCAGGGCUUUCCACUCGAAAGCACACCCAGAACCUUCCCCUCCCUUCCGGACAUGGCGGUCCUUACAAUGGUGACCUGACGUACUACGCACCCGGAUUGGGCGCAUGCGGACUCACUUCUACCGACAGCGACAAGAUUGUCUCGAUAUCACAUAUUGUGUUCGAUGCAGUGAGCACUGGAAGCGAUCCGAACCAAAAUCCGUUGUGCGGGAAAAAGAUAAGAGCAAGGAGAGACAACAAGAGCGUAGACCUCACAGUGGUCGAUCGGUGCACCGGCUGCCAGCCUACUGAUCUCGAUGUCACCAUUGACACAUUUGCCAUGCUAGCAGACGUGGAUUCAGGUAGAGUGGAUGUGGUGUGGAAUUGGCUCGAGGAUGUACCUGCAUCAGCACAAGGUUGA